AUGCCUCGAAAUUACACGCCUUCUAAAAACUGGAACUUUCAAAAUGUCCGAGGCUUCGGCUUCACUGGAGUCGUCGACGCUUUUGGAUGUUUAGCAAGGUCACUCACUCGCUUCAUAGGCCUCUGGCUUCCCGUUCAAUCGCACGGCAGAGUUUGGAGAUCUUCUGGUUUCGAACCUGACCGUCUAGCGGCCAAAUUGGAGCACGCCGCCCGUUGCGCGACGACCGACGACAAUGGCAUCAAAUUUUCCACCUCGAUCAACCGGAACCGGAACCGCCAGCCCUGUUGCCCGACCGACCGGCGAUCCACCCAUCCUUUCAUUCAUUCAUACGUUGAUCGAAUUCACAACAAUGAACGAGCGAUGACGAAGCCUCGACAGCACCGUCGAGCAAGAUAA